GUGCGGAAGCUGGGCGGAAGCCAGAGAGGACUGGAACCACCCUGCGGGAUUCGGGAGGUGUAGAAACGCUCACCUCUAAUAUGGUGCUCGGGGUUCGCCUCUACAGCGCCCUGUACCCUUCCUGGGGUCCUGUCUGCCUCCUUCCUAGGUCCUUUGCCUCGUGUUCCGGAAAUCCUGCCUCCUGCUGCACGAUGCCCCGGCUCGGACUCCUACAUGGGAGGGCCUGGGCUGUGCUGUUUGGCCAGCUCCGGCGGCCGCCCGGUGCUGUAUGCAUCGGGGCAGUCCAUUCUCAUAGCCAGGUUGCGGAGGCAGCGUUAGCAACCCAACUGAAGCCACAUCAAGAGAAAUCAAAUUUUAUUAUCAAGACCCCAAAGGGCACCAGAGAUCUUAGUCCCCAGCAGAUGGUUGUGAGGGAGAAAAUUAUUGAUAUGGUUGUUAGCUGCUUUAAACGUCAUGGAGCAAAGGGGUUGGAUACCCCGGCAUUUGAGCUAAAGGAAAUGCUUACUGAGAAGUAUGGAGAGGACUCUGGGCUCAUCUAUGAUCUGAAGGAUCAGGGUGGAGAGCUGUUGUCCUUGCGCUAUGACCUUACUGUCCCUUUUGCUCGUUAUCUGGCCAUGAAUAAAGUGAAGAAGAUGAAACGCUAUCAUGUUGGAAACGUGUGGCGGCGGGAGAGCCCAACCAUAGUCCAAGGCCGCUACCGGGAGUUCUGCCAGUGUGAUUUUGACAUUGCUGGUCAGUUUGACCCUAUGAUCCCUGAUGCAGAGUGUUUGAAGAUCAUGUGUGAAAUCCUUAGUGGGUUGCAGCUGGGGGAUUUUCUCAUUAAGGUCAAUGACCGGCGGAUUUUGGAUGGGAUAUUUGCCGUCUGUGGUGUUCCUGAAAGCAAGUUCCAUGCCAUCUGCUCCUCGGUUGACAAACUAGACAAGAUGUCUUGGAAAGAUGUGAGACGUGAGAUGGUGGCAAAGAAAGGCCUGGCUGCUGAAAUAGCUGAUCGAAUUGGGGAUUACGUCCAAUGUCAUGGAGGGGUAUCCUUGGUGGAACAAAUGUUCCAGGAUCCCAGACUAUCCCAGAACAAGCAGGCCCUAGAGGGCUUGGGAGACCUGAAGCUGCUAUUUGAAUACCUGACUUUAUUUGGAAUUGCUGAGAAGAUCUCCUUUGACCUGAGCCUGGCUCGGGGCCUGGACUACUAUACAGGAGUGAUCUAUGAAGCAGUGCUGCUACAGACCCCAGCUCAUGCUGAGGAGGAGCCACUGAAUGUGGGCAGUGUGGCUGCUGGUGGGCGCUAUGAUGGGCUGGUGGGCAUGUUUGACCCCAAAGGCCACAAGGUGCCGUGUGUGGGGCUCAGCAUUGGAGUAGAGCGGAUCUUCUCCAUUGUGGAGCAGAAGAUGAAGACUUUUGGUGAGAAUAUACGGACCACAGAGACCCAAGUGUUUGUGGCCACACCUCAGAAGAACUUUCUCCAAGAACGGCUGAAGCUAAUUGCAGAGCUUUGGGAUGCUGGGAUCAAGGCAGAGCUGAUGUAUAAGAACAACCCUAAACUACUAACUCAACUGCACUACUGUGAGAACAUGGGCAUCCCACUGGUGGUCAUUAUUGGUGAGCAAGAACUGAAGGAAGGGGUCAUCAAGCUCCGUUCAGUGGCCAGCAGGGAGGAGGUGGCCAUUACACGGGAAAAUCUUGUGGCUGAAAUUCAGAAGCGACUGUCUGAGUCUUGAUCCUUGCCUGAAUGCCAUCUGCUGCUCUUUGUAGAAAGGUUUCAUCUAGGACUGACUUCCUGAGGGACUCCACAACUGCUGGCCAGGAUGGGUGACAAGUGCCUCUGCAUCCUUCAUCCUUCCUGGGUACAGAACUGUAGAAGGCCCUGAGGACUCCUGGGCUAGUGUGAGCAGCUAUUCUGCAUGGGCGCAGAUGGCUGGUACGUGAAAGAGACAUGCUCUAACAUCCGAGGCAGAUGGCAGGUUUGAAAUGCCAUUGAAUGCUGCCAACAGGUGCUGAGAUGGUUGCUAUGAGCAAGUCUCUGGGAAAGUCACCUCAGGUUGAGAGGAUUCUGACCAUUGAGAUCAAAAGUCAAAUACUUAGCCUUCCACUCUGGCUUCUGAGCCAGUUUCUGGGAAGUUUGUCCGUAGCCUGCCCUUGGCCUGUCCAGGGAGUUUUUGGGAGACAGCAAAGAGUUGGGCAAUGACUCUUUUCUGUUUUGUUUGAGGACAGAGAUGCUAUCCCAAGGGCAUAGCAGUGCCCAUAUUGAUGUGGCAUCUCUCUAGCCCAUCCAUUGUUAAUAAUAGCAGGGUGAGGCUGUCUGUUUAAUAAUCUUGAAUGUUGAACUUAAUAAGUGACCUGACAAGAUUGAGAUGUGAUCUUUUGAGAUUUUGGAGACCAUUACCUGUGCCAGAAUCACUGCUCUGACUUCCAUGUCCUGCCAUGGAGGUGCCUGUUCUAGAAGUGGUUGUAUAAUAUAUUAAAUAAAAUAUUAAAUAUA